AAACUUGCAACUUGUUUUUAUCGAAAAAUCAAUUUGAAACUUCAACUUCAACUAACAAUAAAAACAAAAAGUUAGAUGAUGAAAUCAAAAUUAGUAACUGCUGAGUAUCAAACAAAUUUAAUAUUCUUUUGCAAACGUUUUCGAAUUUAAAACUAUGUCUGACUCUGAAAAAAGUGAAAAAGAUCAAUUUAAAAGUGCUGCUACUGAUGAAGAGCAAAUGCCUAUUGAUGAUAGUGAGAUGAAUAAUGAGGAAUCUAAUCGCAUCUGUGAAAAACUUGAAAACAUUGACGUAGGAGCUCCUUCAAUUCGAGUUCGUACAGAGAAUCCAUCUCACCAUGAUAUAACUGAUAUUUUGAAUUUAGAACAUGACGCAUCUUGUGGAGAGUUUGCCAGCGAAAUAAAGGAACUACCGGAAUCUAAACACAAAUCACCCACAUCAAAGCAAAAGCAUCGAUCAAGAGUCUUAAAGAAAAAAUCAAAGCCUAUGAAAAAGCGAAAAUGGAGGCCUCUGUGGAAACUCACUCGUAAAGAACGGGAAAAAGUCCACGAGCGGGAGCUGAAAAGAAUUCAGAGAGAUCGGGAUGCUCUUCUUGCUGCUGGAGUAGCUUUAGCACCCCAUAAUACCAGUGACUUUUUGAUAAAAGAUAGAGGUUUGUCAUCACCAGAGGAUUUUUGCUUAGAUAGAGAGGUAUAUUGUCGAGAAGAUUCUUUUGACAAGGACUUUGAGGAAGAGUAUGAGAACUAUUACAGUAGUUACCUUCAGAAGUUGACCAAAUUUGAAUUGAUAGAGCGAUGGAUUGACGCGGAAGAUAGGAUUGAAGUUUUGGAAAAACAACUUAAUGUCAUUAGGGAACGGAAAAGAUUGUUAGGAUUGAGUGGAAUUGAUGUAGACUCUGAGAUGGCCAAAAUCGAAGUGUUUAAGGACGAGAUUAAUAAACUAGCUCAGGAAAACGAUGAGUUAUAUCAGAAGAAUACUCAUCUGGAAAAGUAUGUGACUGAAUGUAGUGAUAAUGUUGAUAUGUAGUUAUAAUCGUUGUGAUAUUGUCUAUGUGUAACAGUCUCUAGAUAGUUUAUAUUGUGUUAUUUUAGUUUAAUGCAUUAGUUCAUCAUGUUUUUAUGAUCCUUUAGAAUGAAAUAAAUAAGCUUCAACAUUA